AUGAAGUGGGUGGAAUCAAUUUUUUUAAUUUUCCUACUAAAUUUUACUGAAUCCAGAACACUGCAUAGAAAUGAAUAUGGAAUAGCUUCCAUAUUGGAUUCUUAUCAAUGCACUGCAGAGAUAAAUUUAGCUGACCUGGCUACCAUAUUUUUUGCCCAGUUUGUUCAAGAAGCCACUUACAAGGAAGUAAGCAAAAUGGUGAAAGAUGUAUUGACUGCAAUUGAGAAACCCACUGGAGAUGAACAGUCUGCAGGGUGUUUAGAAAACCAGCUACCUGCCUUUCUGGAAGAACUUUGCCAUGAGAAAGAAAUUUUGGGAAAGUACGGACUUUCAGACUGCUGCAGCCAAAGUGAAGAGGGAAGACAUAACUGUUUUCUUGCACACAAAAAGCCCACUCCAGCAUCCAUCCCACUUUUCCAAGUUCCAGAACCUGUCACAAGUUGUGAAGCAUAUGAAGAAGACAGAGAGACAUUCAUGAACAAAUUCAUUUAUGAGAUAGCAAGAAGGCAUCCCUUCCUGUAUGCACCUACAAUUCUUCUUUGGGCUGCUCGCUAUGACAAAAUAAUUCCAUCUUGCUGCAAAGCUGAAAAUGCAGUUGAGUGCUUCCAAACAAAGGCAGCAACAGUUACAAAAGAAUUAAGAGAAAGCAGCUUGUUAAAUCAACAUGCAUGUGCAGUAAUGAAAAAUUUUGGGACCCGAACUUUCCAAGCCAUAACUGUUACUAAACUGAGUCAGAAGUUUACCAAAGUUAAUUUUACUGAAAUCCAGAAACUAGUCCUGGAUGUGGCCCACGUACAUGAGCACUGUUGCAGAGGAGACGUGCUGGAUUGUCUGCAGGAUGGGGAAAAAAUUAUGUCCUACAUAUGUUCUCAACAAGACACUCUGUCAAACAAAAUAACAGAAUGCUGCAAACUGACCACACUGGAACGUGGUCAAUGUAUAAUUCAUGCAGAAAAUGAUGAAAAACCUGAAGGUUUAUCUCCAAAUCUAAACAGAUUUUUAGGAGAUAGAGAUUUUAACCAAUUUUCUUCAGGGGAAAAAAAUAUCUUCUUGGCAAGUUUUGUUCAUGAAUAUUCAAGAAGACAUCCUCAGCUUGCUGUCUCAGUAAUUCUAAGAGUUGCUAAAGGAUAUCAGGAGUUGUUGGAGAAGUGUUUCCAGACUGAAAACCCUCUUGAAUGCCAAGAUAACGGGGAAGAAGAAUUACAGAAAUACAUCCAGGAGAGCCAAGCAUUGGCAAAGCGAAGCUGUGGCCUCUUCCAGAAACUAGGAGAAUAUUACUUACAAAAUGCGUUUCUCGUUGCUUAUACAAAGAAAGCCCCCCAGCUGACCUCAUCGGAGCUGAUGGCCAUCACCAGAAAAAUGGCAGCCACAGCAGCCACUUGUUGCCAACUCAGUGAGGACAAACUAUUGGCCUGUGGCGAGGGAGCGGCUGACAUUAUUAUCGGACACUUAUGUAUCAGACAUGAAAUGACUCCAGUAAACCCUGGUGUUGGCCAGUGCUGCACUUCUUCGUAUGCCAACAGGAGGCCAUGCUUCAGCAGCUUGGUGGUAGAUGAAACAUAUGUCCCUCCUGCAUUCUCUGAUGACAAGUUCAUUUUCCAUAAGGAUCUGUGCCAAGCUCAGGGUGUAGCGCUGCAAACGAUGAAGCAAGAGUUUCUCAUUAACCUUGUGAAGCAAAAGCCACAAAUAACAGAGGAACAACUUGAGGCUGUCAUUGCAGAUUUCUCAAGCCUGUUGGAGAAAUGCUGCCAAGGCCAGGAACAGGAAGUCUGCUUUGCUGAGGAGGGACAAAAACUGAUUUCAAAAACUCGUGCUGCUUUGGGAGUUUAAAUUACUUCAGGUAACAAAA